AUGGGUUCCGUACCCACUUUUAAUUCCGCAUCGCCUAAUUCCGCAUUAUUAAAUACCGCAUAUACAACGUCAUGUUGUUCCGUGAUUCAUGAUCGUAUGGACACUCUCUUCCAAAGUUUUUGGGAAUUGGAGGAGAUAACCGCGCCGCCCGCUCAGAGUGCCGAUGAUCUCGAGUGUGAACAUUAUUUUCGCGCCACCACUACUCGUGAUGAUAGUGGUAGAUAUAUCGUAUCCCUGCCGUUUCGAGAGGACAUGUUCUCCUUAGGUGACUCUUUCGCUGCCGCACAUAGACGUUACUUAUGUCUAGAACGUAAGUUGGAAGCGUCACCUCAUUUUCGUUUUUCUUAUAACGAAGUAAUUCGCGCAUAUAUUGAUAAGGGCUAUUUAAGUCCAGUUAAAUCGCAUCAAGACAAUUCACUUAUACCCUCGUACUACAUUCCACAUCACGGAGUGCUACGAGAGGAUAAGGUCACCACUAAAUUGCGCGUGGUUUUAGAUGCCAGUUGUAAAACGACAUCUGGUCGUUCGUUAAAUGAUAUAUUGCAUAGUGGUACCAACCUACAGGUUGUACGCGAACCCGAUCGUAGGUUUCAGCGAAUUUUGUACCGCUUCAGCACCGAUGAUCCUGUGACUGAAUAUGAAUUUAAUCGUGUAUGCUUCGGACUGAGGUCGAGUCCAUUUCUCGCGCUCCGCGUUGUUCAACAACUAGUUGAAGAUGAAGGGGAUAAAUUCCCUGCUGCUGCCGCUGUUGCUUCGUCUGCACUAUAUAUGGAUGAUAUCGUAUCUUCUGUUAUGACAGAUGAACAGGCUAUUACCAUUAGCAACACUUUUUAA